AUGGAGCACACUACAGCAAAAUCAGAAUCCGAAAUACCAAUAAUUCUUCCGGAUGAUGUAAUAGUAGAGAUGAUUCUACCUAGACUUCCGGUAAAACCCUUAACCCGCUUCAAAUGCGUAUCAAAAUUUUGGCUUACUACACUUUCAAGCAACAAAUUCGCAAAAACCCACCUCAAAUUUUCAUCUUUAUCCAACACUAAAUCCCUCAUUUAUAAAGAGAUUAAUUGUUAUCGAAGGCGCUACGGCCGUUUUUUAUCCUUUGAUGAAUGCUACAAUAUGAAAGAAUUUGUUUACUUAGAGGACAAGUAUAAUAACCCAAGGUAUCGACUUACUCCUAGGGCUACUCGUAUCGUGGGCUCUAGUAAUGGUAUUUUGUGCAUGUUUGAUAGCGAUUUUUUUGAGUUUGUUCUGUGGAACCCUGUAACGAAUCAUUACCAGAUUGCUGGUGGUCCUGAACUUAAUUAUGUCCCUAAUGAUGAUGUUACCGGUGUCGGGUUUGGUUACAUAUCUUCUAUUGAUGACUAUAAGAUAGGGUGUCUGGUACAUUCUGAUCAGGGUGUGUGUCAUGUUCAUGUUUAUUCACUGAAAAAUAGGGAAUGGAAAGAAACGGCUUGUUUAGAGGCUAAUGAAUACGUGCCUAUAGAUCGAUGUUAUUAUUCGGCCUUAGUUGACAAUACUAUAUACUGGCCUCCAGAAGCUAGACUAUAUGGGGAUGAGGAAAGUCGCAUCGUUGGGUUGAACUUAGUUAGUGGACUAUUGACAAAUGUCCCAUUGCCGAUUUUACCUACUAGGAAUUUCGACGCUAAAGUAUUCGAGAUAAAAGGGAGUUUGUCAUUGUGCUGUACCAAGUAUGUUCAUGGUAGACAUACUAAACGCAUUUCUGAUAUUUGGACUUUAAAGAAAGAUGGUAGCGGGAGUUCUUGGGAGAAAUCCUUCUCAGUCACUAUCAAAGGCUUGACUUUGCUCUAUAUAUUUGAAACGGGAAAAUGUUUGGUAACUCGAAACUCAAACCAGCUUAUGCUACUUGAUCCUAGUGAGGCAACAUCGAGGUCAUCGACUAAAGAUUAUGGAGAAGUUAAGGCUAUUUGGCAGCGACACAAAAGAUCGAGAGGAAAUUUGUUAAACUUCUAUCACAAAGCUAUAGCAGACGUGUGGAAUUAUACUGAGGGUCUCAUUUCGCCUUCUGGGAUAUUUGCGCGUGUGGUGAAUGAAGAUGACAGCGAGACUGGAGAAAGAGUUGAAGAUAAUGCUUAG